AUGCCUGUAAAGGGGAAGGCAGGCGGGCCCUCGGUGGGCCCCUCUGUGCGCUCUACUCCUGCGGCGAAAACAGUGCCGCCUGUGGCGGCCCCUGGAGGACUAAGACCCAGGGAAGGGGUUCCUAGGAGGCUAGGGGCUGCUCCUGUAGCUGCUGCUGCCAAUGCACCUCAAGCAGAUGCACUCCCCUUCCGCUUCUGCAUUGCUGCUGUAUCUGCACAAACUGGGGCUGUCGCCAGUCCUCGCCCACCUAAGGGCGCCUCCGAGAGAGUGGAAACUGAGAAUCAACAGCAGUAUAUUGACUGUCUGGAGAUGCUUCUGGACUUAGCAGACGCAUCACAACAGCGGGUAGACAAAACGGGUCAUCCCCCUGUACGCAAGAGAAUGCCUCAGAGCCCUGCACGUCUGAAUGCCUCCUCCUGUCGAGUGGUGGUCGCUCUGCCAGAGGAGCUCUUUUUAUACGCUAAGAGACAGUCAGUGCUAUCUGAUACAAAAGCCAGGAGUUUUGCAGAUCUCAAACCUCCAGAUGUGGCCCGUAUAGUCCUCGCCCUAAUAACAGAGUAUGGAACCGCCAUCAGGCAGGAGAAGGCUAACGCACUCGCCGCUGCCACCGCAGCCCCAGCCUCCUUGUAUGAACAGCGAACGGCGGAAAAACUGCCAGAGCAAGACGAUAGCCAAAGUGCAUCCCUGGAUCUCCUGCUAUGCCUCUGCGGUCUCUCAUGGUGCCCUGGACUCCUAUUAGCCCUGGAGGCGACGGGAAUGGGAUUGGGGGUUUUCAUUGCCUUAACCGCUGCAAACCUUGCCGACGCAGCAGCUGCCCUUGUUGCAGCUGAGGCAGAACAGUUCGCUGCAGCCCUAAAAGCAGCAGAGACAGAAGACUCCACGGUGGCUGCUGAGCUUAUUUCAAUUUCAGACUGUAAUAAGCAACACGCAGAUAAUCCAGAGCUCCUGCUGCUCAAGCUUGUAGAUGCUGCAGCCACAAUUUGUAAGCAGAGGGAAGAAUACCGCCAGUUUGUGGGAUACGUUCCCCUAGAGACGUUUGGAGCACUGAAUCGAGAGGCUCCGGCACCACUAGAGGCUGAAGCGCCUGCUGCUUCUGUCCUCCUCCCCUCUUCAAGCCCAGCAAAAGGACCUCCAGCUCAUCAGCAGCAGAGGCAGGGUGCUCGACGGGAGGGCGGAGAAGGCGCUGUUCAUGAGCGAGAAAAGCCUUCCAAACCAGCAAAAGCGCCAGAACAUAAACGCCCCAAAUUGUACAACUCCCUAACCGGAGCUGCAGACCCCGAUGACACCUCGGUUGCGCUGUUGCUGCACUGCAUGCUGCAGCAAGCAGCAUCUGAUGCAGGAGCCAACCACAAAAUUGUGUUUUGUUGGGCUUCCCAAGUACCCCAUCCUGCAAGCUUUGCUGCCACGGCCGUCGGCACUUCUGCAUCUGCUGCCCUCGCACGAACUCCAGUGGAUGUGCCUAAUGCGUCAGCAGCGGCAAUUGCAGCCGCAGAGACUUCAAUUCCCCGGGUUUUUUUGCAACAGCUGCGGCCUCACUUGAAGCCGCAACUCAGCAAACUAGCCCUUCAGUGUCGCGCCUACGCGUUUUUCCCCGGCGUCCCCGAAUCACACGUCGAGCAUCUGCUGCAAAUGCAUUCCUUCGAGGGCCUCCUCUCCGCCAUUGCCGGAGGACCCCCUGUAGGAGCCCCUGUAUGGCCUUCGGGAGAGCCCUUAGCAAGUAGAUGGGGCUUCAGGGAGUGGAGGCGCUACCUUGGGGCUUCGAACAUGCCCCCCGGCCUCCGUUGUCUCAUAGACUUGCCGCCUGAGAGACAUGGAAUUCCUCGCACCCACGAAGUGUAUGUGCAUCUAGGGGAGCAUGUGACAAUCAUUGCCACUACAUAUGCCACUGGGAUUGCUGUGGAACCCUCCUGCAUUGCCUGGGCCUCGAAAGAACCGCAAGCGCCUGUGGCUAGAGCUCCCCUCAAGUUGCCUGCACGUGAGCGAGUACGGGCCCCUUUAGACCUUGUCAGGAUUAGAUUCAUAUCUAGCGCCUCUGCACCAAGGAAACGGCCUGUUGUGAGAAACUGUACCUCCGCAGGGAGAGGAUCUCUCGCUGCCACGGCCUCCACGAGUGACCGUUCUGCAGCAGCAACUGCUGCAGAGGAUACAGCAACACCUCCACCAGUUAGGGAGUGGAGGAGCUGCCGGGUGAUGUUGCCGGGCGCGUGCUGUAAUUUGAGAAGAGACAAGGUUCUUCUUUCUCGGUGGAGAAGCUGGUUGAAUGAUAUCUCCUCUCUACAACCGAAGCAGACGCAGCAGCAGGAAGCAGAGCAGGUGCCAUCAGAAAAAACAGUGCAGCAAGCAGAAGAGCUAGCUGGAAAGGCGCGGCUGCUACUGACGGACCAAGUGUCUCUCUUUGCAGCUCAGCUACUGGGUGGGUAUCGCCUCGUAGUCAGGGGCUUGAAACCAUCCGUGCGACGGCUAACGCCGCAGCCAAAGGACCUUCAAUCAGAGGAUUGCACCCUGAUCCAUAAGGCGAGGCUGCAGGCACAGCAGCACAGGAAGGAGCCACCACCGCAGGAUCAGGAGCAACAAGUGCCCCUGAAUCAGCUGCCAAGGCAGGAACAAGAGGAGCAACCCAAAGAAAGGCCUACGUUAGGGACCUUGAUGGAAACUUGUCUGGAAACGCUGGUGGAGGUAGCAAGUUUGUCAGGUCACUUGAUACAAGUGACUUCAGACGGCUCCCUGUGGGAGCGCCAUAUCCACAAUAGUCACCAAACCUGUGCUGACGCUGCGGAAGUUGCUGAGGAUCCGUCUCUACAGGGCGAGGCUGGUGCCAGUGCUGCUAUCAGUGCACCAGUGGAAACACAAGACAGUGUGUUCCUUCACCAGGGGAGCGCCCGCAUCUGGUUUGGUUGCCGUGAGGACACUGAGGUCCACAGACGAGUCCAUCCCUGUGGAGCAGUGAUCAGGGAAACACUCACCGGCAGAGUGGAAAUCUUCAUGCCAAACGGAGACUACGUUUCUCGUGUGCCUCUCCAAUCUGAAUUUGCUUCCCGCUGCGCUUCACUAGGACUGCCGCCUGCUCUUAAGAGUCUUGGAAACCUUUACAACUGUCUCCCCCCCGGUUGCCAGAAAGGCUUGCAGGACCUCAAGCAGCUGUCGCUUGCUGUACUGGGCGACCCCUUUGGAACCGGUACUGCCUUGGGGUCCUUUUUAGCGAUGGCAGCAGCAGCAGUACAUUGGUACCUGCAAAAUAUGUAA